AUGCCUCCGCAACGUACACAACAACCGAGCCCAGAGGAGCUCAUUAAAAAAGGUCCUACCAAGGGCACAUGCCCGGAAUGUGGCAAUACCUACCACAAAGACCUCAGGCGGCAUAGGCUGGUGCAUCUGCGGCAGGGCCUUAAAGUACGGCGCUGGAAUUGCAAGUUCUACUAUGUCGACGAGACCAACACGCAAUCGCGCUGUUCCUCGAUAUUCGAUGACCGCUCGUCACUCACAAGGCACUACAAGAGCAAGCACGGGUAUAUCCCCAGUUGCAAGGACCAGACGUACGAAGUGGUACAACGGAGCAGUAAACAACAGGUGAAGGACAAGCGCACAUUUGCCACCAAGAUCGCCACUAUCACGAAGAGGAAGGAGCGGGUGCAGCCCAGGCGGAACGAUGCGUCGGGUGCGGAGGGCCUGCGGCAGCAGCCGUCUCAGGACAGCUUGCUCGCCGGGUCCGUCGCCCCCGACGCGGUGUUUACGUCGUCACCGGCAUCCGCUCCCGCCCCUCCAGCGGCGCGCCGGGCUUCACGCCCAUAUCCUUCGAAAAACUCAUCCUCGUCCAGUUCUUCCCAGAACUCGGAUUCAUCCUCCCAGCGACCUCUGCGCCCUACCCCGUCACAUCAGCCGAUCGCCUCCGGGUCUUCAAGCCGCACUACGUCGACGACCAGCUCCCGCCCCCGCGUUUCGACCAACAUGCCCGGCCCCGCCAUGGUCAGCCCGGCAAGCUCGUACCACAGCGCCAUCAAUGGGGUGAACGAUCUUUUCGGUCCCUACGGCGAACCGGUCUCCUACCCUGGCUCUUAUCCCGCAUACCCUCAACCGGAAGUACACGGACCCGCGCCCUCGGUCCCCGCCGGGCGGAUGUCGACCCAAUCCCUCGACAUCCAGCCUCUGUUUGCGCGGGACCACUCCUCGACUCGGCCUCAUCAGGGCUGGAACCUCGACAACCACGGGUUUGCGCCUUACUCCUAUCCGGACAUGGGGAUGGGCAUGAACAUGCCAGACUCUUUCGGUGUCCCCAACACACUGGCGUUCGAUAUGCCCCCGCAAAUGUCCCCCAUGGGGCUGCCCUACUCCCCGGACACGCAGCGAUGGAACUCGCGCGAAUCGUCGCCGGCCUCCUCCCCGCCUCCGGCCUCCAGGUCGCGCGGUGGAGAGGCGCAGAACGCCUACGCGUAUCGCUACCACAGUAGCAGCGGUAGGCGAUGA